AUGUCUGGCCAAGCUUCCUCAAGCAACAUCAACAACUCCUCAACCUCCUACUCCUCCUCCUCCUCCUCCAACAGCACCAGCAGCAACUCCAUCAACUACUCCGCCUACAAAGACACGUACGCCUCCGCCAACGGCAGCACCCCGAUCGAUCGGUACAAGGAGCAGAGCCGCUACGAUGAAGGGUGGAACCCGCAUCAUGUUACUAGUGGUGGGGGUUAUGGAGGUGGGGGGUAUGGGAAGAAGUGA